UGUCGCGUGCUUCCGUCCGCACCUUGAGCUCCGGAGGUGAGGGCGCGCGCAGCCGGAGACGCCUUCAGGUACAGCAGCACAUUGUUUCUCAACUCGACGCGCAUCUGGAUUUACUAUCAACGAGUGACUUCAACUAGAAGAGAGGAGAGCAGGGACCCACCAGCCGUGCAGCGAAGGCCUCAGAGACUCUUCACCUGUCCGGCCAAUGGCAUGCCGAUCUCCAGCCCGGCGGAGAGGGCGAGUCUGAGUGACGCGCCGGACCGUCGCCUCUGCUUCCCGCCAAGAGCUCUUCUCUGAUCCCACAUCCAGCCGACGCUUCUCAACAUGGACACCCUGACGGACGACACGGAGGGAUGCUACUACAACCGCACCGUCAAAUUCUUCUAUGAGAAGAGCGGCAAGAACAUCAGCAUGUACUGGCGCAGCCGCGACUACGUGAUCGUCACUCUGGGCAUGACGGUCUGCUUCAUCGUCAUCUUUUCCAACCUGUUGGUCAUGGGCGCCAUUAUAAAGAACCGACGCUUUCACUACCCCAUCUACUACCUGCUGGGUAACCUGGCUGUGGCAGACCUCUUCUCAGGUGUGUCCUACCUCCACCUGAUGUUUCACACCGGGCCUUGGACCAUAAAACUCACGAAGUACCGCUGGUUUGUGCGACAGGGACUGAUCGACACCAGCCUCACCGCCUCGGUCCUCAACCUCCUGGCUGUGGCGGUGGAGCGCCACCAGACCAUCUUCAACAUGCAGCUGCACAGUAAGAUGAGCACCCGGCGAGUCUUCGUCAUCAUCGUCUUCAUCUGGCUCGUGGCCAUAAUCAUGGGUCUGGUUCCCACCAUGGGCUGGCACUGCCUAUGCAACCUGGACAACUGCUCCACCAUGGCGCCGAUGUACAGCCGCAGCUACCUGGUGUUCUGGGCCGUCCUCAACCUGCUCACCUUCUCCAUCAUGGUGGCCGUCUACACCCGGAUCUUCGUGUACGUGCGGCACAAGAGCAAGCAGAUGUCUCAGCACACCACGCAGAUGAGACACCGCGAGACAGUGUUCAACCUGAUGAAGACCGUCUCCAUGAUCCUGGGCUGCUUCGUGAUCUGCUGGACGCCCGGCCUGGUGGUGCUGCUGCUGGACGGGCUGGGCUGCGACAAGUGUAAGGUGCUGCGCUACGAGAAGUACUCCCUGGUGCUGGCCGAGUGCAACUCCCUCGUCAACCCCAUCAUCUACUCCUUCAGGGACAAAGACAUGAGGAGGACCUUCAAGGAGAUCCUGUGCUUCCUGUGCCGGCGAGGCAGCAACCACACGAGCGUCUCUGGAGUUCACUUUAACACGCUGGAGCACGAGGUACUGUCCGAGAGCAACGGGGCCGACGGCAGCGUUCAGAACAAGCACGCGCCUGAACGCACCGCGACCGUAGACAGAUGACUCUGUUUACCUGCCCCCCCCACGCUGUUUCUACCACAAACAUCCUAAAAAUUGCGUUUCAGUGCGGCUCGUUCAUUUCGUUAUAAUAUUUGAAAAUAAAUCAAAUCGGAUUAAACUAUAAAAACACUUUUUAACGUUUUGCUUUCCUUAAAGCAGCUUUAAUGGAUAUUUUCACAAUAAAAGCGACGUGUUGCUGACAGAGUCUUUAACGUCUCUGCUCUUUGUUUAUCUGUCCGCCCCACGACCCGGGACUUUUAGUCUCAGGAACUACUUUCCAAGGAACUGAAAGGCAAAUCCAUCGUGGUCUUAAGACCCAAGAAGAUUCGGCAAAUGAGUGAACUGGAUGAACUGAAUCUAAAUUGUAACUUUCUCACAUUAAACCUAAAUAAAGCUUUUAGUUCGGCUCAAAAUGUCGACGUUAAGACCUGUCGUCGCUCUUCUUCUUGAACAGCUUCACUUUCACCACGUGGCCAGAAGCUCGAUAGCGUCGCUCCGUCGCUGCCUCCACGAUCCUCUUUAAACUGCAGCUGAUCCACAGAUUCAUCAGCAACGUGUUUUGUGUAUGAAAGUCUCACGCAGCUGAACUGUGAAGUUCACUUGAAGCUGUUUGUGCUGCUUUAAUCAUCUGCUGCUGUGUUCACGAGUAACUGUUGAAUAUAAACGCUGCAGCCACAUGUAACAUGUUUCUAUAAGCACGUUAGAAGAAGCCACGCACUGCACAGGACUUAAUGAACAAAGAGCUCAUGAUGUAACACAACAUACUGCACUUAUUACCACAGCAAUAUGUUAUACUUAUAAUAUUGUUGUAUUCAUAUUUUAUUGGAUAAAACUCCGUAUUUCUUCCUCAAAGUAUAAAGUUACUUUAUUAUUAUUAUUUAUUAUAAGAGAGUACAACUAUUUGGUUUUGGCUCCUCGACGUUGCAGCAAUGUGAGCAAUAAAAAGACAUUAAAUUAAUAAUAUGCAAUAUAAUACAUUAAUAAUAUAAAUAAUUUUCAACUGGUUUCUGUCAGGAAGUUUCAGAGUUCAUCUAACAUCUGUUUUAUAUUGAAAACGUCUUCAAACAUCUGGAUUUAUUCAAGUUUCUCACCAAAAACUACAUUUUACAAGAUUACUUUGAACACAUCAUGAUAACGUUAUAAUUUACCUUCAACCAGUACUCAUUUUUACUGAAUGACGCUUGAACACACCAUAAUGUAACGCUAUGGGACCUCCAUUCACCGGCUGCUAACAGCUAACUGCUAACAUUAGCUAGCUCUGCUGCGGUUGAGUUGUUCAGUGGAAACACGCGAAGCUGUUAGUAACAAACUGCAGGUGAACAUGUUUUACGUUUCGUUGAGUUAUUAAAUAAUGCUUGUUACGGGGCUUUCUGACAGAAAGACUUGUGACGGCGUCACAGCUCGUUUCUGAUUGGCUGUUUCGUCUGUUGCCUUUGACACUUUCUGUAAUCUGUGAGCGUGCAAAUAAUCUCAACACGUCCCAUGAUGCACUCUGAUUUUAGACACGAAUCAGUUUCCAAGAGGCAAACUUUCAAAACUUCAAAUACAAACUCUGUAAACAGUUUCUGUGUUUGGAAGUGUGCGUGUGCGUGUGUGCAGUCUUAAAGGGGUCCAGAUGUGUGCUGGUGGUUUCACUGCGUCAGGCUCGUCGCCACAUUUCCUCUGACUUGUUUCUCUGGUGUGUGUGUAUGUUGGAGACAUGUGCUCUGUCACGCACACACACACACACACACACACACACACACACACACACACACACACACACACACAGCCUGCUCCAACAGGAAGUGUGUGUGUGUGUUGAUUCACUGAAACUUUGUUUUGCAUAUUGUUUCUGGCUGACAUCACGCUGUGAGCUGCUGAAGUUCUGAUCCUCGAGUCUUAAAGGAACUAUAAGUCUCACUCAGCCGAGCCGGCCGACGGAAACAACGGGACGCCUCUCGUCCGCAGCGACGCCGAAGGCGCCCCCCCCUCCUCUGAAACCUGAAGUCGAUAAACUUCAACCUGGAGGAGGAAGCAGCUGCACGACUUCCUGCUGACGGUGUGCAGGAGAAGAAGUAUUCUCAUUGUUCCUUAAAGCAGAAAUGAGGUGUCUAUUAUUUUGUCCACCCCAUUCAUAUCUACGAGGACGACAAAACAAACACAGCAACUGCAUCCUGCCAAAUAAUGCACCAUCGUGCCCGAGUCUCAUGGAUGUGAAUAAAUCGAGAGCAGAAAGCUUCGGGUUGUGCAGAAUGUGACACAGCAUCAACAUGAAUGUUUAUAAUAAACGAUUAAAACCUGACGGACGACGUCAAUGGAACAUUUCA